GUUUCCUCAACGCCUAUCCCUGUGCCUCCGGCUGUCAAGAUGUUUCGCUGCGAUUGUCAUGAGACUUGCUCUCCGGGAGCGAAGCAGAGGACACAAAUAGGACACUCAGAAGCAGGCUGCUGGCCUCUCCUCCUCCUCCUCCUCCUCCUCUUUUUCUUCCUCCUCCUCAGCAGCUCUUCAGUCCCGCCCCUCGCCACCUGGCUCUGCUGCGCACCGCCGACUGGAGGCAGAGCGCCGCUACUCCUCUUCCCCACGCUGAGGGAGACGCAGAAUACAACAAACCCGAGCGCUGAGACCGAGGGUUCGUUUCUCAUCCCCAAAAACAGCUAUUUUCGGUUGGAAUUCCGACACAGAGGCUUAUGGGAGUUUGAAAGAAAGCGGGAAGAAAACAACAAGGAAAAAAAAAACCACAAAGAAAGCAGACGGCUGUCUUCAGCAUCUUCCCUUCGCAUCUUCUCCUCACCUCUCCAAAAGACUCCCGGCUCUCCCACCCUGACUAUCCCUCCAGUUGUCGUUUUUACCCCUCCUGUUCGCGAGAAGCGCUUUUUGUUUUCUGCCUGUUUGAGGGAGUUUCAACUCCAUUUCUGACCCGCUGGACGGAAUCCGAAGGAGACCCAGAGAGCUGGCCGGACGCUGUAGUUUUCGUGUCCCCGACACAGGCGGCGGAUCACCGCGUGAAAAAGACUGGAAAUUAUUAAUCCCGCACACACCGCCGUACCGCAUGGUGGGAAUUUCUGCCUCCUUUCAGUAUCGCACUGGGAAGCGUUCCACCAUGCCCGACUCACCUGCGGAUGUCAAGACACAGUCCAGGUUGACGCCCCCUACCAUGCCACCUCCACCCAGUACUCAAGGGGCACCCCGCAACAGCUCCUACACACCCACCACAUUGACAAAUGGCAGUAGCCACUCCCCAACGGCCCUCAACGGCGCGCCAUCUCCUCCGAAUGGCUACAGCAACGGCCCCAGCUCAUCCUCCUCAUCUUCGCUGGCCAACCAGCAGCUGCCACCGGCUUGCGGUGCCCGGCAACUCAGCAAACUCAAGCGAUUCCUCACGACUCUACAACAGUUUGGCAACGACAUCUCACCCGAAAUCGGCGAACGAGUCCGCACGCUAGUGCUGGGACUAGUGAAUUCCACACUAACCAUCGAGGAAUUCCACUCCAAGCUCCAAGAAGCCACCAACUUCCCCCUACGACCUUUUGUCGUACCCUUUCUGAAGGCCAACCUGCCGUUGCUUCAGAGGGAGCUUCUACACUGUGCCAGGCUCGCCAAGCAGAACCCAGCUCAGUAUCUGGCUCAGCACGAGCAGCUACUCCUAGAUACCAGCACCACAUCCCCAGUGGACUCCUCCGAGCUCCUGCUUGACGUCAACGAGAACGGCAAGAGAAGGACGCCAGACAGAACCAAAGAGAACGGUUUCGAGCGAGACGGCACCAUCCACCCAGACGUCCACCCGAGCAAACGGCCUUGCACCAUGAGCCCCGCUCAGCGUUUCAGUCCGUCCAAUGGACUGUCCUACCAACCCAACGGGCUGCCCCACCCAGGUCCCCUUCCCCCACAGCACUACAGGCUCGACGACAUGGCCAUCGCCCAUCAUUACCGUGACACAUACAGACACCCAGCCUCCAAUCACAGAGAAAUCCGAGAGCGAGCCAGGCCCAUUGGUAUGCAUGCAGGGAGCAGGCAGGAAGAGGUGAUCGACCACAGACUGACAGACAGAGAAUGGGCUGAGGAGUGGAAGCACCUUGACCAUGUAAGAAAACUGCUGAACUGCAUCAUGGACAUGGUGGAGAAAACGAGGCGCUCGCUGACGGUGCUGCGGAGGUGCCAGGAGGCCGACCGCGAGGAGCUCAACUAUUGGAUUAGGCGUUACAGCGACGCCGAGGAGCUGAAGAAGGGGGCGUCUAGCGGGCAGUCGAGGCAGCAGAGCCCUGCAGCACAGGAAAAUGCAACAUCAGAAAUUCACAGGGAGCUUCUGCACCGGCCCGUGUCUAGUUAUGUCCCAGAAGAGAUCUGGAAAAAAGCUGAAGAGGCGGUGAACGAGGUCAAGCGGCAGGCCAUGUCUGAGCUGCAGAAGGCCGUGUCGGAGGCCGAGCGAAAGGCUCACGAGAUGAUCAGCACCGAGCGGGCGAAGAUGGAGCGCACGGUGGCUGAGGCCAAACGUCAGGCAGCCGAGGACGCACUCUCCAUUAUCAACCAGCAGGAGGACUCCAGCGAGAGCUGCUGGAACUGUGGUCGUAAGGCCAGUGAGACGUGCAGCGGCUGCAACACGGCGCGUUACUGCGGCUCCUUCUGCCAGCACAAGGACUGGGAGAAGCAUCAUCAUGUCUGCGGUCAGACCCUCCAGGCCCAGCAGCAGCAGCAGCAGCAGCAGCAGUCCAGCCAGCAGCAAGGAGGAGCUCCGGGCUCAGAGACUCCAGCUCCCAUCAGCUCGUCAGCCUGCACUCCAAGCAGCGGCACCGGAAGUCCGGCUGCAACCCCGCCUGCCGCCACCCCGCGCUCGUCCACCCCCGGCACCCCGUCCUCCUCUGCCCUCGACAGCACACCUCGCUAGGAAAGCUUCCCCUGUCCUUCAGUCGGUUCUUAAAACCCACAAACAGCAUGACUUGUCCUCAUCUUGACAUUGCCUUGCAAAGAUUCUGAGAAAACACGACUGGUGGACACGGACAGCGGUGCUUCUGUCUGACUUGCAACGUGGUUGACGGAGGAGGAAGACGAGGUCCAUAAUCAGGUCAUAUUGACUUGCCAUGACUUUAAGGAAACACAAAGAUAUUCUUUGUUUUGAAUGAAUGAAUUUAAAAUUGACAUCCUUUUAUCGCUACACUUCUUUACUCUUGUUGUUUGUCGUAUCUGUCGUUGUCAGUGUCGUCAUUGUAGCUUAUCUUACUUUCCCUUGUAAAUAUGAAAAGACUGGUAGGAGGAACUCAAGACCUCCCCUUUACAAAUGUUUUAUUUUUAAUGCUUCAUUUAAGCUUUAUUUCCUCUCGGUUCCAGACCUUACACCUAAGUUAACUUUACAUGCAGAGCAGAAUGACCAAAGUGGUCAAUGCUUACAGCAAAGGAAGAGAUUAGAUUUUAAUACAGGCUGAUGAAUAAAUAAGGGGAUGGACUGGACCUCUGGCUUGCAGACCCAGCCGCCAAGAAAUGGGCAGAUGUGCAGCAGAUUGCAAGUCGAGCCAGCUGUUCAGGCGGCAUUAUUUCCCUCUCACUUGUCGUAAUAUCCAGGUCAGUGGGCUGUGAAAUCCAAAUCCGAGUCCCCCCCCCGAAGGACGUGAAAGGAAGACUUCUUGGACAUAAUGCAAAAACUUUGCCCGCAGCGCACACACACUCACACACGGGAUGUACUACGAAACAUCGCGCGUGCACGCCCGCCCGCCGCCCGGUUACAAAAGCUCUUUAACAAGCAGAAAAUGAGGUUAUCAUCUUGCCUGCGAGACUGUCGGACAUCUUCGAUGGCAGCCGCUGGGCGGCUCAGACCUGGAAACCCAACAGUGUGCAGACGUGCUCCUCCUCUCUCAACUUUUCUCCAUGCUUCUUAUUCAUUUUCUGUAGAUGUCACGCUGUUAAGCUUCCUGUCCUGUGGCGUCACUAAUGGUUAUUUAUUGAAUCUGUGUUGGACACUUGUGACAAUGCAUAGUACCUGGGGAAAAAAGUCACAGUGCAAACUCGUCAUAAUUCCAUCUCUAGCUAGAGCAAAAAGAGAUAUAAAAAAAAAGAAGUGUUACCUUUUUUUUAAGCUGCUUUUCUAUUCUGUGUGUAGAUGGUAGAUUCUUUGUAGCUUCAUGAAUUUUUUCCCCCCCUCCCUCUAAGAAAAGACACAAUAUUAUAUCUCAGAGCUGCUACUUAAUUUUGACCCAGAUCUUGUCUGAGAACUAGCAUGUUGCGUGGAAUGCUAAGCUAAAUGUUUUGUACAAGGGACAUACAAUGCUGGGAAAAAGUAUUUGCCCCCUUCAGAUUUCUUCAGCCUUUUGUUUAUUUUUUUGUUACACCUAAAUGUUAAGAUCAGAAUGGAUUGCGUUUUGAGAUUUUUUUUUUUUAGCCUACUCCGUGUUGUCAGACAGGUACCAUUUAAGUGAUUCCCUGUCUGGCAGAAAUCAUCCUUGAUCAUGGCUAAAGAGAUUGAAUUUAGAUUUUUUUUUUUUUUUUUUUUUUUUAAAUGGCAUUUUUGUAUUUACUCAGGAUAUCAUUGUCUGAUCAUGAUCUAAAAUAUUUAGGAAACAAAAAAGCAGAAACGGGAGAAAUCUGUUACAGGACAAGCACCUUUUCACGGCACUGUACAUAUAUGUAUUUGCACUGUCAUGGAAAUUCUUUUGGCAUGCUUCUUUUCAACAUGUUGGAGCCAUAAUUCAUCAGAAAUUUUGUAAUCUGUAUCGGCAUCAUCACUCUUUUUUUUACAUUAUGUUGAAUUGAUGCAGUUUUAACACAUAAACACAUCGAACUCAUUUUGUUUCCUAUUUAACAUUCUAAGAAUAGCACCCAAAAUGUUUUUAUUUAAAUAGCUACACGCUGUGCAUGUACAUUACUGAAGAUUUGUUAAAUAUUUGUUUUUUAGAGAAAACGCAAAACCACCAAAAAAAUGACAAAAUACAAAAAAAAAGUACUCUAACAAAGUGAUUUUCCAAAUGCAGAGGUGUAGACUUCGAUUCAGAGCUUUAACACUGCAAAGCACCAGGUCUCACACACACACACACACACACGCCUACACACGCAUACACGCACACAGUAUUACUACACAAGUUCAACAUGAAACACCAAAAACAGCCAAAGACUGACACCAAGGACCAAAAUCCUGAUGUAAACAUGUUUUAAAAGGAGGUUCGUCCACUUAUGUGUUAUUUCAAUAUCACAAAUUAAUUUCCUUUUAAGCCUUUGUGGAUCUCGACUGUAACCCAUAAUGAGAGAAAAAAAAGGAGGAAACACAACAAAAUCUUUUACUAUUUACCAGGAGCAAUAAUACAGAAUGUGACAUUGUAAACAUUUUGUUGAAGAAUCAAGAUUAAUUUUUCAUUUCAUGUUAGAGAUGCACCGACCAGAACGGCCAGUUUCUCCAGUCGCUCCCAGCUUUGUUGUUUAAAUAUCAAUUUUAGUCGAUUCCAGUCUCUCUUUAGUAACUACAGCACAGGCAACAUUUAAAAUUUUGUCUGUCAUGACAAGCCAGUAAUCAUUUAUUUAAGGCGAUAUCAAUGUUGUCUCUGAAUAGUAAAGCAAAAAUUAAGUGGUUACAGAUUUCAUAUUUAAGCUAUAUUCAGCAACUUAUAUAGCGCUAAAUCUAAACUAACUUUUCAUACUUUUACCAGUCAUAGAAAAUAAGUAUUUUUGAGUCUUUUUUUUUCUCAGUAACAACAUCUUCACUGAAGAGAGUUUUUUUUCUGCUGCACAACCUGAUAGUACUUCUAUUUGGUGCAUUCAGGGAUCAAGAAAGAGAUCUUUUUUUUUUUUAUUUACCCAUCAGGACCUACUGAGUUGAUUAUCUGACAGUUUUCCGGUGCAUCUCUAGAUCUAGUGUCCUUGUCGGCUUUAAUUUGUUUUCAGUUUUGACAAUAUGAAAGUAAAGCUUGACUUUUGGACCACUACCAUUUGCAUUUUCCUCCCCGAGUAGUUUAUUCCAAAUACGGGAUUAAAACGACGACACUUUGUUGUAAAUGUUCAAUACAAGUAAAACAAACCUCCCACUUGCAUUAGAAGAGCACUUACCCUGACAUACUCAAAGGUUCCUCACCCCAAAACACCUUGGUGCUAUACAGAAGCAUGCUACAAAAAAAAAAAAAAAAAAAAGAGAAAAAAUUCUGACCUCAAGAGACAAGUGGAGGCCCACACAAAUGUUUUGGGGCACUUUGCUCCCUCCAGAGUUUCUUGUUUCUUUCCGCAAGUCAACUUAAACACCUGCACUCUCGAAUUCGAAGGGUCACGUAGCCCAAAACGGUGUCCAAGUCCCGACUUCUCAGAAGCUGUGACAAGACAGCCAAGCUGUUGGAAAACAUUACAACAAAUGACGAACAUGUUCAUUCUUCUAUCAGGGCAAAAUCUGAGUAAAAAGACAAAGAAAUAAAAAAAAGAAAAAAGAAGCUAAACUCGUAGUCAACAAUUCUUUGAGAAGCUCUAUUUUACCUGUUUUCCCUUCUCUAGCUGUGCUUUGCUACAAAUUUCUAUGUGGCAAACAAGUUUGUCUCACUCUACCUCUCAGAGCACGAUAAGAGCAUCAGUUGUGGCACUGAUACUGGUCUAGUCUAAACCAAAUGGACACAAGAGAACAGGAAAAAAAAUUAACCCAAAGUCGAAGCUCAUACAGCUGCAAAACCAUAUCACUACUUGGUAACAAUGCAGACCUCAUAAAUAAAUGAAACAUAAAUGAAUAGAAAUAAGUAAAAGAAAAAAAAAAAGGAAAAAAAAAAAAGCUUUUGUUAUGUUCCUUUAAGCCUUUGAGUACACCAAGAGUUUGAAAUGUUUGAACAAAUCUAAAAGUGUGUGCAAAUUUUAAAGAAAAUUGUUGUUUCUUAUGUUUAUGAUAUAUAAAGUAAGAUCACAGAGGAGAAAUUGUCUCUCUUGUUCUUCUUUUCGUCCCUCUUUUCUCCUUUUGUCUGUUGUGAAGACAUGCAGAUGUGCUGGUCGACUUCAGCCGGGGAAUAUAUACAAAAGGCAAAUCUUGUGACAAAAAAAAAAGGGAAAAAUUAAUAAAUCAAAACUAAAAUAAAAAAAUGAACGCCAUUGAUUUGGACUUGCCUAUUAUUUAAACUUCCUAGAUAUUAGGAAAUGCAGGAACGAUGCAGAGGCUGCGUAGCAUUAACCAGAGGCAUUGAGUUGAACUUCAAGGGGACGGGAGGGCUUUUCUGGUCUGUUGGCAAAAUGUAAAAAGGGAAAAAAAAAAAGUUCAAAUAAUUUGAAGUCGUUGUGCAAUACUUUAUUAAGAUAUAAAAACCACAGGUUAGUGGUAGGCUGACACGCGGCGGUUUUUAAACCACUUAGAGUCAGAGUCUUCUAGAGAGCUUUCCAGUCUACUAUGUCAGAACUGUGGUUUCUUGUUGAUUUCAUUCUUUUGAUUUAUCAAUUUUGAUUCUUUUCAUUUUUUUGGACUGUAAACUAUGGUCUGUCAGUCUGUGAAACUUUGCAGUAUAAUUCUGGUAUUGUUGUUCUCUUUACGGUGUAAUAAAUAUGUUCAUUCUUGCCCAUGGA